CCUCGCCAUCUUGUUGUGACUCCUCUACGUGCGUGGAAGAUUGAAUUCAAGGGGGAUCCAGUCACGUCUUACUUUCCCUUUUAUUAUUUUUUUUUAUAGACGAGAAGAUUGGAUCCAGAGCAGAAGCAUUUGAAUCUAUCUAUUUAACAUUUAUAUUAAUUUCCCCAAUCGUUUUUGGACCAUAACAAGAAACGGAGAUGAGCAUCGAGACCCUUUUAGAGGCGGCGAAGUUUUUGGAAUUGCAAGCCCUGCAACAACAGAAAGCACGUGAAGAGAAUGAACUUCAGGAAAGGCGGCGUCGUGAGCAGGAGGCGGAGAAGCGGAGAGCAGAAGUGAACUCUCAUACUCAGCCCAUUCAAAUGAACCAUGUGACCUGGGUGGAGGAGUCUGGACCUGAGCACCGCAGUAUACCUGUCCCAGCUCAGGCUCCUCCCCCUCCCCCCACAGUGCCCAUCACAGUCAUCCCCAUUCCGGUGGUGUCCUCCACUCCUCCCACCACAGCUCUCAGCCUGUCGCCAGCACCCCGCCUUACCCCACCCAGAAAAGACACCCAUUCACUGCCAGACCAGCAAGCACUGCACCAGUGCCCCCUCAUCUCGUCUCAGUUGAAGGCAGAGCCCACAUCACUGUCUCUAUCCAAUGGCACCAAACCUAUCCAGCAGCUCCUGACCUACCCAAGCUCCAUUGUCACAGCUUCCCAGCAUGCACUGCUCACUCAGCCUGGACCUCCUUCAGCCCAACCCAGCCCUUCGGUCAGAGGAAGCCCUCCCGAUUUGGACGGCAAGAAGAGACCCGGAGGGGCGGGAACAAGAGAAGUGCACAAUAAACUUGAAAAAAAUAGACGUGCUCACUUAAAGGAGUGUUUUGAGACCCUGAAGAAAACCAUCCUUCAUGUUGACGAAAAGAAGACCUCCAAUCUGAGCGUUCUAAGAAGUGCUUUGAGAUUCAUUCAGACUCUGAAGAGGAAGGAGAAGGACUACGAGCAUGAGAUGGAGCGUUUGGCGCGGGAGAAGAUCGCCUUGCAGCAGAGACUUGCCGAGCUCAAGAAUGAGCUGAGUCAGCAAUUGGACGUGAUGGAGAUCGACCGCAUUAUUCGACAGACUGUCCAGCCAGAUGAUGACCAGGCCUCUACCUCCACUGCCUCAGAAGGUGAAGACAACAUUGAAGAUAUCGAAGAUGAGAUCUUAUCCGCCAUGCCCAGCGCCUUACCCAAAGUGCCUGCUGCGCUUCAGCCAGACUUAAAGAAGUCCCGUCCUGUGUCAUCCCUCAUAACACAGCACAUCCCCAUCCCACACAAACUGUGUAAGGCUUUACCCCCAACUCCCUCAGCUCAACUAUCCCCUGUGGCCACCGCCGCGGCCCCGAUCACAGCACCUGCUUUGACCUCAACCCCAGCACAAGCUCCUAACAGCCCGGCAUCCGCUCCUGCCGCCCAGGUGGUGACCCUGCAGACACUACCUCCAGCCCAGACCCAUAUAGUGACCGCGACCAGCCUGCAGCCUUCCGUCAUCGCCCAUGCGGGUUCGGCGUCGCACGCUUCAGUCAUCCAAACUGUCAACCGGGUGAUCCAGCCGGGCUCCAAGCAUGUGGCCCACAUCGCCCCUUCCUCCUCAAGCUCGGUGCAGCUGGCCCCCGGACCUCAAUCUAUCAGCCACAUCACUGUGGCCCAUCUUCCGGCAAUAUACUCUCAGCCUGUCACAGUCACACAGCCGGCCGUCAUGAGCCACAUCGCACAAACACUCUCUCAUGGCCAGAUGAAUGGCACUUCAGCGACCAGCGCGCAAGCAACCAUGGUGGGCAAGCAGAUGCCAGUGGGCGCUCACAUGGUUACCCAUCACCCUCAACUGGUGGGCCAGACCGUCCUCAACCCGUCCCUCACCAUGGUGACCAUGCCCUCCUUCCCAGUCAGCACGCUAAAGCUGGCCUGAAGUGCUGACAUACACACCCAUAGAUCGAGUAUAGACACUUAUAGACUGGCCCACCUUGUCUGCCCCGUUUGAGACAUGCAGCACUGCAUUCAAACAAACUAUACAGCUAAAGGACACCGUACAUUCCAAAUGACAAGAAAGUAUAUAAAGACUCAAAAAGCGACACAAAGAAAUUUAUUGAAUGUCUAAUACUAUAUAAUGAUAUAUAAUAAAAGAGAUGUUUUAUCUUAA